AUGGUUGCGCGGGGCGCGGAUGAAGUGGUGUUGGAGACCGAGGAGAGCAAUGUAGCGGCGAUGAGGUUGUAUGAACGACUGGGGUUUUUAAGGAGUAAGAAGUUGCAUCGGUAUUAUUUGAAUGGGAGUAGUGCGUAUAGGCUUGUGCUUAGGUUGAGGGGGGUGGGUGAGAUGGGUGGGGAGGAGGAGGAGUAG